AAGUUUUCGCAUCAAGCAGUAAAGUAUAAAUUCCACGCAAAUUAAAUAAUAUUUCAUUCAUAAAAUAACACUUCAAGUUAAAAUAACGCAAAGUCGUGUUAAGCGGCUAAUAUAGAAACGGUAUUUAGUGCAGUGUUAUUUGCGGAAUUAAUUUGCUAAUUUAAACAAUGGCGGAUCCAUUAAGUCUCCUACGGCAAUACAAUAUAAACAAAAAAGAAAUUAUUGAACGAGAUAAUCAAAUAAUCUUUGGUGAAUUUUCGUGGCCAAAAAAUGUGAAAACAAACUAUUUGAAAUAUGGUUCUGGCAAAAAAGGGGCACCACGCGAAUAUUACACGUUGGAAUGUUUACUAUAUCUACUUAAAAAUGUUAUGCUGCAGCACUCGGUGUAUGUGCGACAAUGUGCGGCGGAAGAUAUACCUGCUGUUAAUCGUCCUGAUCGUAAAGAGUUACUUGCCUAUCUUAAUGGAGAGAACUCAACAUGCGCCAGCAUAGACAAAAGUGCACCACUUGAAAUUCCCACACAAGUCAAGCGGCCUGCAGAUGGAGAUGCACCAGGAGGCGAUUCACUCGCAAAGAAGGCACGCUUUGAAGACACCCAAGUGCAAAAAGUUCGUGAACAACUGGCUGCACGUUGGGAUGUCAACAAAAAGGAGACCACUGUCAAUAUUGACAAUAUCAAAUCGCUCUCAGAAACAAUGUCUGUGGAAAAAAUUGCUGCCAUCAAAGCAAAACGAUUGGCCAACAAACGUACCACCAUUAAACGCACUGACAAUGAAGAUGCGAUGGCUACAGAUUUACGUGCCAUACUUGAUUACGAUGUAGAUUCAACGAAACAUAUAAUAAGCCGCGAGCGUCAGUGGCGAACACGUACCACUAUAUUACAGAGUGCGGGAAAGAUGUUUGCUAAAAAUAUAUUCGCUAUAUUGCAAGGCAUAAAGGCGCGUGAAGAAGGACGAAAUAGACCAGCAGCGCAACAAGCUAUCAAGAUGCCAGAACCGGCACGUAUUGCGAAACCGCAACCACAGCUGACGCAGUACAAUCGUUAUGAUCAGGAACGUUUCAACAGACAAAAAGAAGAAACGGAGGGCUUCAAAAUCGACACACUGGGUACUUACCAUGGUAUGUCACUGAAAUCCGUGACUGAGGGUUCACUUGCGCAACGUAAGGCGAAUAUGCCACCACAAAUACCUGGCCGCCCCAAGGAACUUUUACCUACAGCUCAAGCUCGACAAGUGGCACCAUCGGCACAGAAGCGAGUUUCGCGCACGCCUAUCAUUAUUAUACCUUCCGCUAAUACCAGUCUAAUCACCAUGUACAAUGCCAAGGACCUUUUGCAAGACCUGAAAUUCAUCUCAACUGAAGAGAAAAAGCGUGCAGGUGGGGCAAGAGACAACGAAGUCUUGCUGCAGCGUAAACGAAACAAUCAAACUGUACCAUAUCGCGUUAUUGAUAACCCGCAAAAGCUUUCGGCCCAAGAUUGGCAACGUGUCGUAGCAGUAUUCGUAAUGGGACCCGCAUGGCAGUUUAAAGGUUGGCCUUGGGAUGGAAAUCCUGUGGAAAUUUUCUCCAAAAUUUGUGCUUUUCAUUUACGCUUCAGUGAACUAAAACUGGAUACCAACGUUUCGAAGUGGUCGGUGACAUUGUUGAACCUUUCGCAAAAUAAGCGACAUUUAGAUCGUGCUGUUUUAAUGACGUUUUGGGAGACUUUGGAUAAAUACAUGGCGAAAAAUAAGCCGGAUCUUAGAUUUUGAAUGUUCUGUAAAAAGUCGACCCGUAAAUGCAGCGCCGAUUCCUCUUCCACUACACAAUUAAAUUUAUUUUGUGGAAGAAAGUAUAAGACAUACGUUUUUUGGUGUCUUUAAUAUUCAGAAAAAACAUAUAUUAGCUAGUAGUGAAAUUAUUUUAAAAUAAACUCGAAAAUGUUAUGUAUUAUAUCUUCGGCUACUUGGAAACAACACUAUUGCUCAUGGGCACCUUUCAGUGUACAGCGUGCUGACAUGAUUGAAUUGUUAACAGUUCGCUUCGUUAGAAUAUACAUAUGUAUAUGUUGAUUGAAAAGUCAUCGAAAAUAAACAAAUUUGACUUAAUGAAAGAAGUUAAUACGUAAAUUGCCUGCAAAAUAUAUAGCGUUUGCUUCUGAUUAAUGCAAACCAAAUAAAAAA